AAAAAAAAAGGGAAAAUAAAUAAUACUGAGAGAUCCAUAUACCCUUCCCCAGGCAAUUUCUUGGAAUGAUAGCAUCCUGUUACUAUUGUACAAUAACACAACUAGGAAAUUGACUUUGAUACCAUCCAGUGACCUUACUCAGAUUUCAUCAGUUUUACAUGUACUUGUGUGUGUGUGUGUGUGUGUGUGUGUGUAUCAUAUGCUGUACAAUUUUAUUUCAUGUUAGAUUCGUGUGGCCACCACAGUCAAGAUACAGAACAGUUCCAUCACAAGGCUCCCUGGUGGUACCCUGAUACAGCCACAGCCACCUUCUCUGGCAAACCCCUGGUGACCACUAAUCUGUUCUCUAAAAUUUUGGCAUUUCAAGAAUGUUAUGUAAGAAGAAAAUACGAUGGGACCCAGUUAGGAGGCGCUUCAUUCAGUCCUGUCCCAUCAUAAGGAUCCCUAACAGGUUUUUGAGAGCACAUCUGGAGGUGGCUACAUCUUGCCACAGACCUCCACCAGCACGAAGUGGACAUCGUUGCGUGGCAGAUAAUACCAACCUAUAUGUGUUUGGAGGUUAUAACCCAGAUUAUGAUGAAUCGGGAGGGCCUGAUAAUGAAGACUAUCCUCUCUUCAGGGAACUCUGGAGGUAUCAUUUUGCUACAGGAGUAUGGCACCAGAUGGGCACAGAUGGCUACAUGCCCCGGGAAUUGGCAUCUAUGUCACUUGUGCUGCAUGGAAACAACCUGUUAGUGUUUGGAGGUACGGGCAUCCCAUUUGGAGAGAGCAACGGCAAUGACGUCCAUGUGUGUAAUGUGAAGUAUAAGAGAUGGGCUUUGCUCAGCUGCCGGGGGAAGAAACCCAGUCGUAUAUAUGGACAGGCUAUGGCCAUCAUCAAUGGCUCCCUUUAUGUCUUUGGAGGGACAACCGGCUAUAUUUACAGCACAGACCUGCACAAGUUAGAUCUCAAUACCAGAGAGUGGACACAACUGAAACCAAACAACCUAUCCUGUGAUCUACCAGAAGAGAGAUACCGACAUGAAAUCGCACAUGACGGGCAGAGGAUUUACAUCUUGGGAGGUGGUACGUCCUGGACAGCAUAUUCCUUAAACAAGAUCCAUGCCUACAACCUUGAAACGAAUGCAUGGGAGGAAAUUGCAACAAAACCCCAUGAAAAAAUAGGCUUUCCUGCAGCCCGAAGGUGUCACAGUUGUGUUCAAAUAAAAAAUGAUGUAUUUAUUUGUGGGGGCUAUAAUGGAGAGGUGAUCCUGGGAGAUAUCUGGAAGUUGAAUCUGCAGACUUUCCAAUGGGUGAAGCUCCCAGCUACCAUGCCAGAGCCAGUUUAUUUUCACUGUGCAGCAGUUACACCAGCUGGUUGCAUGUACAUUCAUGGAGGAGUGGUGAACAUCCAUGAAAACAAACGGACUGGGUCAUUGUUUAAGAUCUGGCUGGUCGUACCUAGCCUGCUGGAACUGGCAUGGGAGAAGCUGCUUGCGGCCUUCCCUAACCUUGCAAACCUCUCCCGAACACAGCUUCUGCAUCUUGGACUCACACAGGGACUCAUCGAACGCUUGAAAUGAGGAUUUCUGGACUGUUCAUUGAUACUGGAAAUGUUAAUUUAAAGAGACUCCUUUAUUUAUGGGCAGUGUAGAAUGUGCUACAAAGAGGAUUGGUUACCCUGAUCAAGGCCUUAUUUAGAAAAUACAUCAGAUGCCUUUCUGUAAAUUGGUUUUUCAGUUUAUGGACAUCUCACUUUCCCACGUGCUUCCUUCUUUGCUUCUCUUCCUCCUGACCCAUUACAUGCACAUGUAUUCACAUACUCCCUCUUCCUUCUCGAUGGAGUUAAGGGAAAGCCUGAAAGUACCUUAAUAAUGUUUUUAAUCAAGACAGAUUCAUUUUUAAAGGAAUUCUGGACAGUUCCAUGUCAUACAAUGUUCUAGAAAUUAAAACAUCACCAACAUAAACAAAAAUGAAAUUAAAAAAUUUUUACAUCUAGCAACAGCAACAACCACAAGUUUAGGGGAAGCUGAGAAGGCUAACCUUGGGAAUCUUGCAGGUUAUACUUAAACCUAGAUGUUUAACUUAGUGUUUUCAAGAUGUGUCUAAUUGACUAGUAGCUGGGUCUGAUGGCAGCAGUGGUUGCCAUCUUGUUGCAUAGAUAACUCAAACCUACCCUUUGGCUUUGAAGGAAGGUUAAGCAGCCCAGCACCUCUUGGUUAGUGAUUUCUUUCUCAUCCUCACGGUGCCAGCAGUGGGUAGAGUUGGCUGUCAAAGGACUCAUAUGUGUGUCGUGGUUGUGCUCUUUGUUGUUGCUCUUAGAAAUUAUAGCAUCAAGAAUGUUUCAAAUGGAAACACUUGUGGUGGCCAAAGUUCUUCAUUCUGGCAGUUUUGAAACUCUCUUAUGCUUAUGAAUGGUUUUAAAUAUCUCUUUGACUUCUUCAUGGGGAAUUGCAGACCCUAAAUAUGUGGUGUAAAUGCCGUGUAACAUGAACACAAGUUCCCGAGGGAGGCCAGGGAAGAACCAGGCAGAGAAAACCUGCAUCCUCUGGGCUUGUUAACUUGGCUUCCGCUCAGGCUAUGGUCUUUGGCUAUCAUCUUGGCCAUUUCCUUUUGAGAACUUGUUUCUUUUCUAAUCUCUGGGCCAGGUACCUGCCAUUUUCUCAGGCAGUUGGUCCUUGAUUUUUCCCUUAGCUUGUUGCCUUCUUUUCUGUCUGCUUUAAUGUGCAUGGUGCUGUGAGUAAUUGUCUAGUUAUUGGAUACAAGGUCUUGGGGGUAAAGCCACAGGUCAUCCUUCCUGAAGAACCAAGUAUCAUUUAAAAACUAGCAUGAGGAAGGAAUGAAACUGAGUAGCAUUCAUUUUUUGUGUGUGAAAUUUCAGUUCUGGUUUGUUUGAUUUGUUUUUUUAAAUUCUAAAAAGAAUGAUAUAAAUUUUCACUUGCUUUGCCAUCAGGCUGCUAGGGGAGCUGAGCAAGAGGCUCACUAUGCGCAUGUGUAAGCCGCAGGUGUACUCAAGGUGCUGAAGGCGUGCAAGGGGCAGCGCUGGUCCUCCCGGGGCCACCUCACAGCAGGAGACUUGCAUGGGAGAGUUGGAACACACCUUUCCUUUAAGUGCCUCUUUUUUCACCUAGCUUUUAAAGUUAUUCUUUUUCCUUCAUCUCAGAAGGGAUCUCUUUAGCUUAUGUGUGGAUUUAAAAUGACCUUUGAGCUACAGUUAAAAAGUUACCAUCUGGUGUUCAGUUCUGGGGAAGAGAAAACCGCGGCCUCCAGACAUGCUCCUGAUCUCUAGGCCUUAUCAUACCAUCCCCUCUGUGAUGGGUUGAGUUCAUGGAGCCUGUAUUCUGGGAAGUCUUAUAAUAACCACGCACCUGUGAACUUGGGUCCUUUCUGGGGAGUGAGGAAUGUGGGAGAGAGGCAGGAAAAGGAGCAGCUCCUCUAGGGGCCCAUCCUCCCACAUCUUGCCAUUACCAGUCUGUGUAGCCCUUAACCUCCUGUCACCACUGCCAGGCUUGCUUCUCUGUGCUCUCCCAGAGCAAGCCAGUCUGAGCAGCUCCAUUAGUCCAAAACAGAGCUUUGCUGCAUGACUCCAGCCUGGCCUCUGGAUAUUUGGUGGAAAUAUAUCCCAAAUUGAACAAGCCAGGCUGUCUAGGGUGGCAAGAGGAUUUUUGACCUGGAUUUAUACAGGGACCAAAGACUGAAUGCUCAGCCUCUGUGCUUAGACUUUCAUGGUCCUUAGGAUAGAAGCAAGUCUCUAGCCCUGCUACACCAGAGAGCUGAAGAGAGAUGUGGUCUGGUUCCAUCCACACUUGCUGGCAUCCUUUGUUAAGCCUCCUGAGGGCAGUCUUCUUUGAGGUAGACCUUGGAGGCCUGACAUCGAAGACCUGUGUGUUUUAUUUUCAUAAAAGUAUAUAUCCUUGGUCUAAAGUGUCUUCUUUUAAUAUAACACUAGUAAAAAUGACGUGGUAUGACCAGCACUGAGUGCUAUAGAACCACACAUGAGCACAUGUUCUGGAUGCCAAAUGACUGUGUGUGAAUGACUAAGUGUAGAUAACUAGAAAUUAGAUAGGGGUCAUCAGGCAUUUCAGUAUACCAAUAACCAGCACUCGAAAUUCCUGACACUGUUUACUUGAUUUAGGAAAGUUUAUGCCUGCUGCUUCUCUGCCUCUUUGAGGUACUCCCAGCCGUCUUACUACAGUCCUGUAAAUUUAAGUGCAAUAUGUAGAAACAUAUGGAUAUAUACAGAUUAUAUAUAGGGUGUAACUAUAAAGCAGGUAGACUACUUUUUUUGCGUCUUGGGGAAGUGAGCUUAUUACUUUAGGGUCAAAUUAUGCCAAGAAUUUUAGAUGUGAUCAGCUGGCUUAAGCCAACUCAUGGGAAAGCUGGAUUUUCAAGUCUAUGUUUUCUUACUCCAAGAUGGAACUCUUAGAGACUCAUUGUUCCUUAAGUGUGUUAGAGUUGAGAUUUUUUUCUCCCUGUUAUCUUUGCACUAGCUCAUGUUUGCAUGUCUUACAUUUUGUUGCCCGAGAACAAGGAAGUCCGUCUGUAAGGAGUUUCCUAAAUGGAGAAUUAAAAUCUAGUAUUUAACACUAUCCAUUCUCCCAUGUAUAUACUAAUUUAUCUGGAAAUGUAACACUUUAUUAAAUGAAGAAAAUUAUGCUUUCUUCAUUUAAUAUUUUCCACAUCCUGGAAAAACUAUAAACUGACACAGAAUAAAUUGAAAUCUUAACUGUCCUUCAGGGGCUGAACAAAACCCUUUCCAUCGGCAGAAUCUCCUUUUUUCAGGGCCAUAAUGAUACGAUGUAAAAAUUUGCUUUAAACCAUUCAUGUCCUUACAUAGCUAGAUUUUAAAGUGUAAUAAGCAUAUUAACAUUUUUAAGCAAAAGAUAGGUUAACAGUGACCUUUGGUUAUCCACCAGUAGCAAGAGUAAAGCACAGAUCAUUGAAAUCCAUAGAUAAUCAGUGAAUCAACUUUUCUAUCAAACAGUAGAUGCAUUUACAUUUAUUUUUCCUCUCUAUCCUUUCCUCUAAGCACCUGUUUUUCCAUGGAAUGGGGCUAAUGAGUAGUUAGAAAAGGAAAAGGAACAAUCAGUAGGAGCUGACAACCAGUGACCAUAUAAGCAGCUGAUUGCCUGUAAUUAGUCAGUCUGAACAAUUAGAGUUGAAUGCUGACAUUAGGAACCACAGGUGGUAAUCCUGAGUAGAUGUAACUCUUCAGCAUCAUCUCCUGCCCUGAGCUCCAGGCCAUCUCUCCUCUAACCACCAAAGAACUCUUAGUACCUAUGGGAAGGAAAAGCUGUGUGCAACACAGAGAAAAUUCCAUUAUUUGAACACAUUUAUUUGGCUCUUGAUAAAUACUUGCUUUUCCUCUAAUCUUGCAAGAUGUCCUCCAUUUUCCAAUCACACAACUUGGCAUGUAGGAAAGGUUGAAUGAUCCUCUAAGACUGUGUUGGUCUUAGUAUUCUGUAAAACCAAUUUUUUUUUUUUUUUUUGUGGUCUUACAGAUGUUUAGAAAGUGGCACAGGUUACUGAAUUGUCUACCUGCCAGCAUUCUGAUGUAGCACAAAAAGCUAUUUUCCUUUAUUUUUUUGUAUUAAUUUUUCUGGCAUUGAGCUCUAGGGUGGAUGAAGGUUUAUGGUCCUCUGAUUAUAAGCUCCAUUCUAAAAACUGGUCACUGUUAGCUGAAAUUGCUGUGGUUCCCCAAAUGCCUUGGAACUCCAGACGCACCCGCAGGGCCUGAGGUAGGUUUCAUAGAGUUCUAGGACGUCUGUGUGCGUUGCCACCAGAUCCUGUCUAGCAAUGGCCUUUCCCUUCUAAGAUCAUUAGAUUCAGCCAAAAGCGACCUCUUCCCUAGUCUGGUGUUAUGAACAGAAGUUCUGAGUUGUGCUACAAAAGUAGUUCCAUCUUUUUAUUGUAAUUUUCAUGUUUUUAAUUUGAAAAAAAAAACAAAAACUUUUUAUAAGGUUUUUUAAGGGCCCUGCUUAGUCAGUGUACAGGAUGGAGUCAGAGGCAAUUUUCAGGAAAAAAAAAAACAAAAAACAAAAAACAAUGUCACCAAGCGGUAGUAAUUGUUAUCUUACUAGUUAUACAUUUAGAAUAUAAAGGAGGCAUCAGAAAACACACUCUCUAAAGCCACUUCCUUGUGCACAGAGUCUGCACAGGGAGAGCACAGGCAUCUCCCUGGAAAAGCACCUGCCAAUGACGAAUUUCCUGGAAGAACCUAGGCAAGAAAGGAAGCCUCUUUCUGAGACGCAGUCUGUGGGAGGUGAGCCUAGCUUUGCUCUUCCUACAGGGUAUGCUUGGGCCAUACACAAUGCUCGCCUUACUUUAAAGCUAUUUUGCCACAGUCCUGUUAAAUAGUGUGGACGUCCUUUUGCAGUCUGGUGUGCAUGCCAUAUGAUCAGGACAGCUUUUCCACUUUACUCGGUUUCCUACAAGCAAGUAGGAAAUAUAGUGAAUUUACCCUAAAAUGUCCAAUCUGUAUUUAUGUACCUUGUCAGUGUUUUGCUGUUGGUUUUCUAAAACAAUCUGAUCAAUAAAUCUUAUCCAAAUCAAUUUGGUUCAAG